AUGUCGCCCCCAACAGAGGCCACCACCUUAGCAGACCCCAUCGCUGUCUCUGAGUCGGAGGCCCAGCCGCAGUCGCAGUACCAGUCGGAAAGUGACUGUCUCGAGACUAAACAUGAAGCGGAACCCACCGAGCUCGAAGGAGGGCGACCGCGCCGCAAGCGAAAGCCCCUGUCGUUCUUCCUGGCCUUCAUCUCGCUUCUGCUGAUGGUCUUCUUGGUCUCGUUGGAUGCCACCACCCUGGCUGUUGCAAUCCCUGUCAUCACUCGCGACCUCGCGGGCACUACAUUGACGGCAUUCUGGGCCAACAUUUCCUUCACAAUCGCUGUGGUGGUCAUCCAGCCCAUCUACACCAGCUUUUCCGACAUCUUCGGCCGAAAGAUCCCGCUGUAUGCCGCGUUUGUGCUCUUCGCAGUCGGAUCAAUCGUCUUUGCUGUGGCGCACAGCAUGGCAGUCCUCAUCGUGGGACGCACGCUGCAGGGCCUGGGCGGCGGCGGCCUCGAUGUCUUGAGCGAGGUCAUUGUCGCUGAUAUCACGACUCUGCAAGAGCGAGCCAUCUAUAUCGGAUGGCUCUCUCUGCCAAUGGCCCUUGGCUGUAUUGCGGGCCCCAUUCUCGGCGCUGUCUUCAGCGAGUACGUGUCCUGGCGCUGGAUCGGUUGGAUCAACCUGCCUGUGACUGGCGUUGCCCUCUUUCUCGCCGUCUUCUUCAUGCGCCUCAAGCCCAUCGACCAGGCCUUUCGUACCCAGCUGGGCCGCAUCGACUGGACCGGGAUGGCUGUCUUCACAGCUGGAUGCAUCCUGUUUGUCCUGCCGCUGAGCUGGGCAGGCAAUAUGUACCCCUGGGGCUCAUGGCGAACCAUCGUGCCCCUCGCCAUUGGUGCCCUGAUGCUGGUGGGAUUUGGCUUUUACGAGCGCUAUCCCCCUGAUGCCGUUUUCCCAUACCGGAUAUUCCGCUCUCGAACAGCCCAAAGUACCAUAAUCGGCAGCUUUAUCCACGGGUUCGUGCUCUACACUCUCCUGCAGUACCUCCCCCUGUUUUUCCAGGCCGUCUAUCUUGAAUCGCCGCUCGACUCCUCCAUCUCCAUCCUCCCGUUUUGCUGUGUCGUCUUUGUCUUUACAGGCAUCGCCGCCUUUGCUGUUGACUUCUUCCGCAAGUACCGGUGGGAGAUCUGGACGGGCUGGGUCUUUCUUGCGGUGGGCAGCGGCAUCUUUGCGCUCUGGGACCGCGGCUCCUCACGCGCAGCGACCGCCAGCUUCCAGGUUAUUGCGGGUAUUGGCAUCGGUACAAUCUUCAGCGUGCCUCCCAUCCCCAUGCAGGCCAGUGCGGCCGCGGACGACCAGGGCCUCGCGAUGGGGAUCAUGGUCGCGUUCCGGCUGUUUGGCGCACUGAUUGGUCUUGCUGUGGGUGCAACCACAUUCAGCAGCGUCUUUGCUCGCGAGAUACACGGCUUCGAAUUGCCCUCGUCGUUGGAGGUGUUGAACAACCCUGCGGAAGUGGUCGGUUUCAUUCCGCAGCUACGGACCGUGGAUGUUGACUCUGCAAUCCGUGACCUCAUCCGCGAUGCUUAUAUGGAGGCGAUGAAGACGAUCUGGUAUAUACUUGCUGCGUUCGGUGUCGUGGGGUUUGUGAGCUCGCUGUUUACGGAGGAGUUGACGAUGGAGACGGAGGAGGUGGGAAGGCAGCAUUUUGACGCUUGA